AAACCCGAAAAGCAGAGAUGAAGAAAUUCCUGAUGUACGACAUGCCGAAAAUCAUACGGCACUGCUGAGCAAUACUUGAUAUUUUGUUGUUCUUAAAAGAGAAACUGUCACAUCAGACGUUUACCAAUUUUAGGAAAGCCCUCCGUGCUGGUCGUGCUUUUUACUUGGUGACAUAAGGAACUACACUAACCGCAUUCUGUGGUAGAAGAACAGGGGUUUGUCCAGUGAUCCUGUUUCUGCCCCCCCGCUCCAAAAAACGAUGCUGGUCACCGUUUUCUGCGCGCCGAGGGAUCGCCCAGAAACCACGUUUGCCCUCGACGUGUCCCCAGAGCUGGAGUUGAGGGACUUUGUAGCACUUUGUGAACUGGAAUCAGGAAUCCCAGCUGGGGAAAUCCAGAUCACAUAUGUAGAACAGCCCCUCAAAGACCCCACCCGUGCCUUGGGGACUUACGGUGUCAAGGAUGGAGAUGUGGUGGUUCUUCGACAAGCUGAUAGACGGCCUCCACAAACUCAACCAGCCUUUCCAGGUCUGCCUCGUAUCGACUUCAGAUCCAUAACAGUUCCUGGCACCUCAUCUUCAGCCAAUCAGCAUGCUGCCCCGCAGCUGCAGCAACAAGCCCCGCAGCAGCAGCAGCCGCCACCGCCGCGUGCCGAACAACCUUCCACGCCGAUGGCCUUUCGCGGUUCCUCGCCACAGGGCUUGGACAACCCCGCCUUACUACAACAGAUGCUAUUAUCCAAUCCACACGAGCUUUCUCUGCUCAAAGAGAGAAACCCUCCACUUGCUGAGGCCCUGCUGAGCGGAGAUUUAGAACGUUUUACCAAAGUGCUGCUGGAGCAACAACAGGAUCGAGCCAAAAGAGAGCAAGAGAGAAUCAGACUCCUGACAGCUGAUCCGUUUGAUUUGGAAGCUCAGGCAAAGAUUGAGGAGGAUAUCCGGCAGCACAACGUGGAGGAAAAUAUGACAAUUGCAAUGGAGGAGGCCCCAGAAAGCUUUGGACAGGUGGUUAUGCUGUACAUUAACUGCAAAGUCAAUGGCCAUCCUGUGAAAGCUUUUGUUGACUCAGGAGCACAGAUGACCAUCAUGAGCCAAGCGUGUGCGGAGCGCUGCAACAUUAUGCGAUUAGUGGACCGGCGCUGGGCAGGGAUCGCCAAGGGAGUGGGCACUCAGAAGAUCAUAGGAAGAGUUCACUUGGCUCAGGUCCAAAUCGAAGGGGACUUUCUCCCUUGUUCUUUCUCCAUAUUGGAGGAUCAGCCAAUGGACAUGUUGCUCGGCCUGGACAUGCUGAAGAGACACCAGUGUUCAAUUGACCUGAAGAAGAGCGUGCUCGUUAUCGGCACUACGGGCACCGAAACCCGCUUCCUGUCUGAGGCAGAGCUGCCCGAGUGCGCCCGGCUGGCGUACGGCGCCGAGGGGCGCGAGGAAGCACGUCCAGAGGAGAUCGCUGACAGAGAACUGGCAGAGGCACUUCAGAGAUCUAUACAAGAGAGUGACACUGCAGAUGGACAAACUACCUCACCGCAGCCCCUGCCAUUUAAAUUACCAAGACCAUUAGAUCAAGUGGCCAUACCCUCUUCAUCUUCCCAAAAUCCUUCUAGUUGUCAAUCACAAAACCCGACCCUGGAUCGCUCCCAGUCUGCGCCGGCCACCAUGCAGCCGGCGCCUCAAGAGCUUCUUCAAUCUUUAUCCCCAGAAAAGGAGGCUUCUACGCUUCAGAGUGUCCCUCUUCAUCCUCUGCCUCUCCAAAACAAACUUAAUCUUCCCAGUCCUUCAUCGGAUAUGUUCCGUACAUGUACCCCUCCCACAAACGCCUCCGCUGAGUCCCAGGACCCAGGCCAUGAACAGCUGCCCGCAGCCACAGAGUCAGAGGGGGGGGAGAGCAGCUCCGUACAAAUGACACCAGAGGAGUGUUUGCCUGAACAGCCCAUGGAUCAGGGGGCAACUGAAUGUGAGGCCAAGUCAGUUGAAAUGGAGUGUCCCUCUACCUCCGAGGAGAGCGAGCAGCCGGAUGGAGACCGCUGCUCCAGCUCUGACAGCAUCCCCUCUCUGGCGGCCGCAUUGAAGGAGCUCCAUGAGCUGCUGGUGCGAUCCCAGAGUCGCAGCAUGUCCUGCUCCCCAUCCGAUCCGCAUGCACAGGACUCUGACAAAGCAUCCCCUGAGCCCAGCACCCCAACAGAAAGCAGCCGCCCUGCUCCUCCAACUGAUGCAGCUGGUGCUGAAACAAGUGAUGCCAAAGCUAACCAUGCUGCUGCUGAGUUUGAUGAAGAACCACCUCAGUGUCCUGUGCUUGGCCUAGCUGCUAAGGUCGAUCAUUUGCAUGAUGAUGCAGCAGAAACAGGGGAAGGGCUACACCCAGAGCAGCACCCAGACAGCUCAGAGGACAGAGCCCAACAGGAUAGAGAAGCAACCUGUGUUAUUGGUGCUUCGGAGGUUCCUCCCAGUCCUGCACUGGUUCCUGAGUUCAGGGAGCCGCCAGAGGGGCAGCAUGGAAGAGGGAUCGCAGAUGGACGAGCCUCUGGUACUGGCACCCCAGAUACUCUCCAGACUGAGCAAGCUUUCCUUAGCCCUGCAUCAGGAGCUGUUAGCAUACCAGGGGACGUUUCAAGCACCUCGUCCUCCUCUGCCCCACCUCCUCCACCUCCCUCUAUGGGACAGUUCCCAGCCGAGCACAUCCAGAGAAUCCAGGCAGCAGGUUUUUCUGCCAGGGAGGCUGUGGAGGCCCUUGAGCAAGCCAACGGAGUGGUGGAAAUUGCCUUGCUGGCACUUCUGGCUCGCAGUAUCACUGUGCCCACCUAGCGAAUCUCAGCAUCUGUCUUAUUAAGACCUUGUUACAGAUAUAUCUCAAUCUUCUCUUUAAAAGGGAGCUUGUAAAAGCCAGAGGAAAAUGCUGUCUCUUGGUUUGUCACAGAAAAUCGGCGAUGAAAAGAGUACAGCCGGUGAUUUAUGUUUUUGGCUAUUACAGAUGUAUGAGGUGUGUUUGCAUGCAGAUGUUUUGGGUAGCCCAUCCUUUUAAUUGUUUUUGUUUUUUUAGCAAUUGGUAUAAUAGAUUUUUUUUAUCUUGUUUUAUCUCUCAAUACUGAUUUGUCAAACCAUACAAAUGGUAAAAUUAAAGUCUCAAAGUUUCUCUUUCAUGUUUCACGAAACCACUACAAAAAAAAAAUCUAAUCAAGCUUGAAUACAGCUCAUGUUCCUCUGCUGAUUUUAACGUCUGUAGUCCAAAUUAGGGCGUUAGCCUGACCGAGCUGCUCAUUGAGAACAUAGGCAGCUCAUUUUCAGGUGAAAAUAUGUUCCAUAUAUAAUUGGAAAUCUUUAAAUUCAUAGAAAGGAUCACUAAAAUAUGAUUUAUAUUCAAGCGUGACGGUGGAUGGCGUUUAUCGAUUCAGCAUGUCUCUCUCAGAAGGGAUCUUGUCUUGUUUUGAAUGAUUAUCUGCAACAUGAAAGCUUUGCCAUGUGUAUAAUUACAGAACCAGUUUGUAGCUCCUGUUCUGAAACUUUUUAACAUGUCAAAUCCUCAUGGUUUGUUUCUACUUGAAAUCUUCCCGUUUUUCAUCUUGGGUCUGGCCAUCCUGCCAGUGCAUCAUAUCUAUUCUAGAGUUGCAGUCAUACCUACAAUGUUCAGGCAGAUUUUUCCUUUUAUCUUGUAUGAAAUUUUAAAUUGCAAAUAAAAUUAAACCAGUAUUUGUAUAA